AUGGAGUCCGAGGCAUUCGAGGACAUGCAGAAGGGGGGCGGAACCCUUCGCACCCUCAAGGAUUUGGGUGCUGGUGCUGCUGGUGGAAUUGCUCAGGUGCUUCUUGACAUUGUCAAGGUCCGCCUGCAAACCACCACCCAGUACUCCAGUGCUCUGGACUGCGCCACCAAGAUCCUGAAGAACGAGGGCCCCUUCGCCUUCUACAAGGGUACCCUGACUCCGUUGAUCGGAAUCGGUGCCUGCGUCAGCGUUCAAUUCGGAGCUUUCCACGAAGCCCGCAGACGUCUGGAGAAGCUCAACAAGAAGAAGUACGCCGACAGCACUCUCUCCUACACGCAGUACUACAUGGCCGGUAGUUUUGCCGGUCUCACCAACUCCUUCUUGUCCGGCCCUAUCGAGCACGUCCGUAUCCGUCUGCAAACCCAGCCCCACGGAGCUGAUCGUCUGUACAACGGCCCCAUUGACUGCAUCCGCAAGCUCUGCAACCAGGGCGGUGUCCUCAAGGGUCUCUUCCGUGGUCAGAACGUCACCUACCUCCGUGAAGCCCAGGCCUACGGAACCUGGUUCUUGGCUUUCGAGUACCUCAUGAACCAGGAUGCCAAGCGCAACAACGUCAAGCGUGAGGAUAUCUCCAGUUUGAAGGUCGCUACCUACGGUGGUCUGGCUGGUGAGGCCCUCUGGCUGUCCAGCUACCCCUUCGACGUCGUCAAGAGUAAGAUGCAGUGCGAUGGCUUCGGCGCCCAGCAGCAGUUCAAGAGCAUGACCGACUGCUUCAAGAAGACUUAUGCUGUUGAGGGUCUGGCUGGCUUCUGGAAGGGUAUUGGUCCUACCUUGCUGAGGGCUAUGCCUGUGUCGGCGGGUACUUUUGCUGUUGUCGAGCUCACCAUGAGGGCCCUGGGCUAA